GCCUUACUUCUGGAACAGUGUGUAACAUGCACUAACAGGAAAAAUGUACUCGCAUGUUUAAUAUUCAAAAUUACCAUAUACGCAAGAUUUAUAUGUAGUUAGCGAGGAUUCAAUUUUGGCAUUGGUCUCAUUAAAUAUUAAUCAUUAUUUAUGGAAAAAUCGCUAAAUUUAUGUUCGCAAAAUACCACUUAAUACAUUGCAUAUUGUAUUUGCACAUCAGUUAAAAGUAUUCGGUACUAUUAUGUGUUAUGAAGUGCAAUGUAUUUAAGAUACUUCUGAGACUGCUUGCAUGUGUUGAAUUAUAUAUCUUGACGGUAAUAUGCCACAGUGUUUUGCAUGUUUUAGGCAGUGGAACGAGCCUCAGAUACACUAGAUUCUGUUAACAGUGAGCAAGGGUUAUCUGCCCCUAAUGGUUUCACACCAGUGUCUCAGUCAGACUCAGACUUGUUGCAGUCAACACCCACACAAAACAUGAUAACAACUGUCCCCCCUCCUUCCCCUUCACAUUUCCCAACCCCAUCAGUUCCCAAUGAAAAUGUCUUAUCUGCUUCCAUACAAAAUACCCAGCCCCCUAUUUGUCCGCUCAGGGGAUCAAAAUCACAAGAGAAAAAGUUGAAGAAAUCUGUAACGUUUGAAGAUACUGUGAUUGGAGGUGCCCCCUCUCCAUCAGAGAGUGCAAUGACUGGAGACAAAGAGAGUGAUAAAGAUGUAUUUGGUUUUGAUGCUUCACCUUUUGGAGAAGAUCCGUUUUCAUCAGAAAGUUUUUCUGCUGAUCCAUUUUCUUCAGACAAGCCAUUUUCAAGUGAUUCACUGCUUUCAGAAGAUAAAGAUCCAUUUAAGUCGACAGAGUUUUCAUCAUCAGAUGAUUUUGCAAAUGCCUUUCUUCAAUUCAAUGUUGGGGUUAGCACCCAGACUGAAAUUGACAACACGGGGACAACCCAAAACAGCACAGUGUUCAGCUUAGCUGCAGCAGAUGAUGGAAAUGCAGAUCUGUUCAGUUUCAGUUCAGAAGAUACAGGUCAAGUAAUGUUAAGGAAAAAGGACAAUGAAAAUCCAGAACUGAGAGACUCCAGUUCUGUGUUGGAACUAAGCAAGUAUUUUCCAGAUGUAGAAAAUGAGGCUCAGGAAGGUGUAGAAAAUGAGGCUCCAGAGGGCAACAAGAAGAAAAAAAAGGAUAGUGGCUUGUUCAGUGAUUUUGGAAAUUUGAAUGCAGGAGCAUCAGAGAAAAAUGCAGACAAUGCAUGGCUGUCGGACAUAGGGAACAGUGAUGGUCCUUCUAAAAAUUCUGAAGCAACAGGAACUGUAAACCAGGGAUCUAAAGAUGAGUUGCAAAACAAUUUUGCAUUCUUACAGAAUCUAUCAGCAGCUGAUAAUAGUUAUGUGGAAUCCACACCUGUAGUGAAUAGACCACUGCCUGCUGAAUUAAUAACUGACAUAUCUCCCAGUUCUAGUGAUCAAGUGUCCGGGGAUAAACUAGACAGCAAUUUUGCUUUUCAAAAUCUUUCAGUCAGGAAAGAUUUCCCAAAAUUGGAAGAUAUCAAACUACAUUCUGCAAACUCCUCGAUUGGUGACUAUGAUGACUGCUCAUUCAUGAGAACCUCGAUUGACGAAGGGGACAGCCUUGAGGGUGGUAGUCUGAGUGGGAGGUCCGCGGACCCCGCUCUUCCGACGGCUGGAGGAGGCACUCCAGACACUGUGGAUGACUAUGAUGAUUUGAGUGGAAUCAUUAUGAACUUGAAAUCUCUACAAGAGAAUUCAGCUACUGGACAGGAUGAGGUGUAUGAUGACUUGGAUUUUAUUGCUACACCAGUAAAGGUUGAGAAGGGUUUGAACUCGGAUUACGUAGAUGAAGCCAGAGAGGAAGAUUACGAUGACAUUCCUUUCUUCACUGAAAGAAAAGAAGUCGAGGAGAGGAAAAUUGAAGAAACCGAGCAGAGAGAAGAUGAAUAUGACGAUUUUCUCAGUAUUAUUAAGACCACUGAUGGUGACAAAGCUGGAAAUCAGUCAAGGGAGAUCACUCGGGAUGAUCUGUACAUUGACAUUGUGGAGUACGACAAAUUCAACAAAUCCUCAGAAGUUCAGAAAGAGGCUACCGGUGAGGUCUUCGAAAAUUUUAAUUUUAUUCAAAGUUUGUCCAAAAAUGCACCGGUCACUAAACAAAAUAUCUCCGUGUUGACUGCACACCAGUCAGAGUCGUUAGAAGAUGACACUUACGAACCUAUAGAACAGUUCCGUUCCAUGUUAACAGAGUCUAGUCAGGUAGCGGGACAGGUAUAUAAAUUAUAAAACACCCACCACCCUGAGCACACCCACUGAACAUAACCUACAUGUACAUGUAUGUACCUGAUAUUGGAUAUGUGAACUUAUUGUUGAUGUUUGUUCGAUUUAUUCUCUUUGGUAAAAGUCACACAAUAGUGCUUCUGUCUUGAAUACUGAGUAACUACAGAAUUUUUUAUUUUACCGCUGACAUCAAUUAGUGUUAGCACCAGACAUUAAGAUAUGAUUCCAUUAAAAUUAGUACACAUAUAGAAUGUGGUUUUUUUUACAAGGACAGUCUGUCAUUUUAUCUGUACAUUAAGAUUAAACUCAAAAAUUUUAUCUCGACAUUCAGAUUCAAAUGCUAUUGCAUUUAUAAUUUCCAUGCAUGACAGUAUGGCAAUCGGCAUUUAACAUUGCAUGAUAUAAUAUUGCAUGUAUUACCCCAAUGGCAAUUUACUCUGAGAUUUAUAAGUAUCUGACUAUCAUGGAAUGUUCUUAAAUCACAGGCACAGCCAACGUUUAGUCCUACACCAGCGGUCCAACCCACAAUUCAGGCCCCACAAUCAGCUACCAGUCAACCAGCUCAGCAAAAA